GCAUCAUGGCGGACCGAGACAGCGGCAGCGAACAGGGUGGUGCGGCGCUGGGCUCGGGCGGCUCCCUAGGGCACCCGGGCUCGGGCUCAGGCUCCGGCGGGGGCGGUGGUGGCGGCGGGGGCGGCGGCGGCAGUGGCGGCGGCGGCGGGGCCCCGGGGGGGCUGCAGCACGAGACGCAGGAGCUGGCCUCCAAGCGGGUGGACAUCCAGAACAAGCGUUUCUACCUGGACGUGAAGCAGAACGCUAAGGGCCGUUUCCUCAAGAUCGCUGAGGUGGGCGCUGGCGGCAACAAGAGCCGCCUCACCCUCUCCAUGUCUGUGGCCGUGGAGUUCCGCGACUACCUGGGCGACUUCAUCGAGCACUACGCGCAGCUGGGCCCCAGCCAGCCGCCCGACCUGGCCCAGGCACAGGACGAGCCACGCCGGGCGCUCAAGAGCGAGUUCCUGGUGCGCGAAAACCGCAAGUACUACAUGGAUCUCAAGGAGAACCAGCGCGGCCGCUUCCUGCGCAUCCGCCAGACAGUCAACCGGGGGCCCGGCCUGGGCUCCACGCAGGGCCAGACCAUUGCGCUGCCCGCGCAGGGGCUCAUCGAGUUCCGUGACGCUCUGGCCAAGCUCAUCGACGACUAUGGAGUGGAGGAGGAGCCGGCCGAGCUGCCCGAGGGCACCUCCUUGACUGUGGACAACAAGCGCUUCUUCUUCGAUGUGGGCUCCAACAAGUACGGCGUGUUUAUGCGAGUCAGUGAGGUGAAGCCCACCUACCGCAACUCCAUCACCGUGCCCUACAAGGUGUGGGCCAAGUUCGGACACACCUUCUGCAAGUACUCGGAGGAGAUGAAGAAGAUUCAAGAGAAGCAGAGGGAGAAGCGGGCCGCCUGUGAGCAGCUCCACCAGCAGCAGCAGCAGCAGCAAGAGGAGACCACCGCUGCCACCCUGCUACUGCAGGGUGAGGAAGAAGGGGAAGAAGAUUGAUCAAACUGAAUGAAACACACACACACAAACACACACACACGCAUACACGUACGUGUACACACACACACACAGCCACACACAGAGAGAAAAUAUACUGUAAAGAGAGAAAAAUAAAAAGUUAAAAAGUUUAAAAAAAAACUUUAAAACUCCAAGGGAGCACCACCCACAGAACCUCCACCAACUGACAGUUUCUCUUCUUGACUUGCCACCCAUCGCUGGAUGUUGUCCACUUUAUCCACCAUAUAAAACAGUAAGCAGCUGCUAAAAACAAAAAACAAAAAAUAUACAAAAAGUAAUAACAUUAUAUGAACUGUGUUUCCUACUUGAUUAAAAAAUAUAAAGAACUGAGUGUUUAUUUCCCUAAUUAACCAAGAACUUUUGUACACGUUUAAGCUAUUAUUAUUAAAAGUGUUUGCAAAAUGGUCAAGAUUAUAAUAUUGCUGAAUUAUAUAAAAAGUCCUUUUCAUGUUGAGCUAACAUUUGACUUUAGCACAAAAAAAGAGAUAUUUUAGAACACGUAAAAUAAUAUUUUUAGUUUUUCUCAUUUUGUUACCAAAUUUCAAACCUUACAUGGAGGUUAUUAUAGUAUAUUUGACAUCCUAUAUACCUGUGAUUAGAGAUGUGUAUAUAUAUGAGGGCUAGGCAUGCUGUGUGUCUGAGCUUUGUCUAAAUGUUAUGCAGAAGUUUGUAGAGUUCAAGGUACGUAGGUUUAAUUCAUGCAAGGUAAACAAUAAGUGCUCUCUUUUAUACAAUAUGCAUUGCAUCUGGACCUUAAACAUAUAAAAUGGUCAGUGAAACUUCUGUGAACAUGAAGAAAUUAUUAAAAAAGGCAUUUAAAUGAAAUUUGCUAAGUUGUGAUUUUUAUGGUUGGAACCAAAGUUAUCCAAAUAGUAAAAGAAAAAGGAGAAGGAAAAAGGAAAUUUCCCAUAAUAUUUUUCUGCAUCUGUUUGCUUUGACCGAGUAGGUGUUUUGUUAUUAUUGUGUAUAUGAGAUGUACUUGUAUUGUUCAUAAUAUAUAUUUUUUAUUAUGUGUAGAAAGAUUUUAAAAACCUAACUAACGUGCAGCAAUUUCCAGUGAACCUGUACUUGGGUAUCAGGUAGUGAGUCUAUUUGUGGUCACUAGCACUGUCUCCUAAACUUGUAAGAGGUCUGAAGCUAUCCUUUGAUUUUUGCCAGUGCUAUUAACUUAUGUAGACCUGUUUAAAAGCAAAGCAACACCAUUAUAGUUAUCCUACUGAGCCAUGGAUACUGAGUUUCAUUUUAAAAGUGAAAGCCAAGUUGGUGUAUGUAAAGGAUUUCCAUGUAGCUGUGGUGCUAGUUAUUACUGGCUACAUUAUAUGCUAAGUGUAUUUGUGUUCCCCAAGUGUACAAGCCUUCUGUCAAAAGUAUGUUCUAUUAUCACUCAUAUUCAAAGUGUAGGGUAUGAACACGCAAGCCUAGGAGAGCACUUUACCAAGCUGGUGUCCUCCACUGAAAUUGUUUGUAACGAUAGUCUCUUACAGGUUUUCAUUUUAAGAUGUUUGUGUGCUUUUAAUUGACAACUAACUUCUUGCUGCUGUAUAGUAAAAUAUUAAUAUAUUUUUUAUCAUUAAACUGCUGCAUGACUAUCAUCUUUGAGUGAAGAGAAAAUGUUAUAAAAAAAGAUGCCUUAAAUACAGUACAUUUUGGUUUGGAAUUCUGUAGAAAGUAUUUUGGUAAAAAAAAGAAAAAAGAAAAAAAGAGGAUCUUGGAUCUUGUUUGACAGAGAGAGUUCUGGACAUGCAAUUGUUUCUUGGCAAAUCCAGCCAUCUAGAUCUACCUGCUGUAUGUAGAAGAAACCACCUGUAGGACUGGGAAGGUGUCAGUACCUCUCCCAUUGGGAAGCAUCAGCCUAGGAAGGCAGAACAGUUGUCUUUUUUGAAGGAUUUUUUUUUCCCCUGCUGGCUCUUUAGGUUUUGAUUUGAUAUUUUUAAGCUUUCUGGUUGAGUGUGUUGUCUUUGUUUUUGAGAUCUACUGUAUGUGUUGAAUAACAAGCUAUUUUCAUUGUACUGUGCAUUUUCCCAUUGUUUGCUUUUCAUAUUCAUACAAUGUUAAAUAUGAGGUGACCGUACAAUAGUUAGGAGUUUCUUUACUUACAAAAUCACUGGAAAUUAUUAAAUUGCUUUUCCCCUCCCCCAAGGUGCAUUUUUUAUUAUUUUCAUAUAGUAAAGUUGAGCUUUUACAGUGCAUAAUGUGACAUUUGGAAUGCUUAUCAACUGCAUGUAAACAUUAAUAACCUGCACUUUUUGUCUUAAGGUUUGUUGAGCUGUUUUGUUCACUGUACUUUAACUGUGAUAUGGAAAAAGAUUGCAUUCUCCGUGCUGUUUCUAAUUAGGAAAGAGAAUUGCUUUGAUUUUGUCUCUUGUUUACUAUAGCUCUUUAAAGUUAAGCCUUGUGCUACAAGUUGUUGGAGUACUCCUAGAUCAGUGUUUCAUAGUAGCCAGCAGUCAGUAGUGCAAGUCAACAAAAACACAGCAAACUUAGGCAAAGUGUCCUUUCUUUGAGAUGCAAGUUCUUUCCUGAGGUUUUCUUUAGGGUCAGCUACCUAAAGUGAACCUUUCUUACCUAUAGACUUCAGAUUCUGCUUGGAAUCCUACCAGAUCAAGAAGCACAUGUGUUGUGCAGUUGUCUUUACACUAUGACAGUUAAACACAAUCUUACUAGGACUUUGAAUCCAUUGCCUGAUUUAUGGUCGUUGGGUUUAAAAAGAAAUCCACAUGCAGAUCUUUUAAGACUUAAAAAGUGGUCAUAGAGAAGACUGAGUGACUGUAAAGAUGCUCUUUUUGUUUAAAGCAUCUCACUUUCUCUCCCCAUUGACCUCCUAACCUCCCCUUCCCUUUCUCCUGUUUCAUCCUUCCCCUACAUUUCCCCUCCCAGGUGCUCGGUACUUUACCAAGGUUCUAUAUUUCAGUGUAUUCUGUUGGAGUCUCUUCUUGUUUUUAUUUUACUAGUGGGUAGCCCCAGUUUGUGCUGAAAAGGGGGGAGGGUAUAUUUGACCAUAUGUGUUACUCAUAGAAGACAGUAUGAUCAAAUGUGCCAAAAACAAGCAAACAGAACUUAAUUCAUGACAAGUAUGCCUUAUUUUUAUUGAUCUGCUUUGUCUUACAAUUAAGGUCCAAGAGCUUGGUUAAACUAUGUUAUUUGCCUAAGUAAAAAAAAAAAAAAAGAAAACUUGAAAUGCAUUGAAAUAUUGAUGUUCUUUAAAAUGAGAGACACUGUCAAGUAAUUUUAUCUAGAGAUCAGCUACCAGAUUUGAAGAGAGAGAGAAAGAGAGAGUGUGUUGGUUGUGGUAAUGGUGAUGGUAUUUGUGGCUUUUUCUCCCCUUUUAAAUCACCAAAUCUUAUUUUAAAGCUACCUUUUAUUUGUGCCUAUUUAUCAUGCUGAUGUUAGAAGCAGCAGUCAUCCAGCCACAGAGGGAGCUAGAGUUAACUAGCCAGAACCGUAGAAAUUAUAUAUGCCUUUGACAACAAAGGAAGUUCAUAGGAAAGCCAUGUUGGCUUUUCCUCCACUAGACACACAUUGGAGGUGUAUGAAUAUUUGCCAAAUGAGAAAAAAAGACAAAGUAGUCAGGAAAGACAAACUUUUCCAGCUUCUCAAAAGCCAUGGAAAAUAGAAACCAAAACCAAUGGGAAAUUUAAGAGACCUUGAAAGUCUCACUUUCUAGUCCCGUGCAGGGGUUAAAAUUUGACUCAAAAUGGAAAGUCUGUCAAUUUUUGUUUUUAAGCCUUUACGUCUAGAGAUGGAGAACUAUUCCAGUUUGAUUUUUUUUUUUUUUUCAGGUAAUGGAGAAAGCUGCUAGUGAUUUUAACCCCUGCUGAAAGGAGACAGAUAAUUUUAUUUGGGAGCAAAUACUUAUUGCCUUGAGAAUAGCACUGUAAUAGUUUAUGUUAAUUAGUCAUAGAAUAACCUUUAUCCCUUUUGAGCUAUGCAAAUUAUUAAAUAGGUGUAAAUUAGAAUUCAAUUAAAGAGAGUUGAUUAUAUUGCAAUCAGAUGGCAUUCACAAACUUAACUGGAGCAUAUACAAAUAAAAUCUAUUAGUUUAAGAGUUUUUUUUUUUAACGUUGACAUAAACGAUAUAAUUUAGCUACCUGUUCUAAAAUGCUGAGUACUAUUAACAUUGUAUGAUAGGUCUGGAAAGACUGCCUCCUUUUUUUGAAGAGAGAGAUUAAGAAUUUUUAUAAUUGUUUUUCAUCAAAUUUUAAUAUUUUUGUCAAGUUUUUAGGUAUUUAAUUUGUAAAAAACAGUUUGCUUUGUACUGGCAUACAGAUAUUAGGGAAUUGAUUUUAAACUUUUUGAAGCCAAGUGAUCAAGUACAUUUGUAAUAAAAGUCAAUGGAUCUCUAUCAGUUGUACUCACUGUUUCAUUUCUUGUUCUUAUCAAUGUAGGAAUUCGUACCUUUUUCUGCAGGAAAAUGGAGCUAGAUUUGGGUGGAAGGGAGGGAAAAAAGAUAAAUCUGUUAGAAGAAUCUGGGUGGGUUUGGUGGCCCAAGCACUUCAUAAUAUCCUUACAUGGGUUAAGAUUUAGAUCUUAGGAAAAGAUAUAAUGUCAUCUUUUUUCUUCCUGAUUUUUUUAAAUGGAACUUGAUGUUUGGAGAAAUUAUCAUAGUUUUGUUUCGUCGCGUUAACAUUUUGUGUUUGGCAAUGUUGAAACUUUUUAAACUGUGUUAACACAGUUUUCUCUCACAAAAAUUUGGGUUAAUCUGCCAGCCAUGGUGACCCCAUCAUGGGUGUGGAAUUAUUUUUAUCUUUACAUAGCUUACCUUCUCUUUUCCAGUAUUUCCAUUAGCUUUUUUUUUUUUUUCAUGUUAGACGCUGAUAACGUACAUACACAGAUGAUUUAGAAUGGGGAUUCCUGAAAUUACUUGGGUAGCUUUCAUAGCUCCACAGUUUGUUGUGGUUUUUUUUUUUUUUAACACAAAAGUGUAGUUUUAAUAUUUCUUUCCUCAUAAAAAGUGAAAUAGAAAAUCAGUUUUCCCCUUUUUUGUUGUUUCUUGGAUAUCAUUGAAGUUUUGUUUACUGUGUGAAGGAAAGCUAAGACAGGGACGUCUUCUGCACUUUAGAUCCGAAACAGUGGGAGUAUAACACUUAUGUUGCUAUCUCUAAAUUCGAGUAUCGCUAACUUAGAGUUCAUGAUUCGUUAUGGAAUACAAUAAGAGAUCUUUUUAAUUGCUUAAGCAAAUUUACUAGUUUUAUGAGUUUGCUUUAAACUUUAUCAAAAUUUAAAACAUUGUUUUCUUCAUUGUAAGCCAAAAGUAGGCCAUUCAUAGUAACUAUAAAACUAAAGUGAUCACUGCUUAAAAUGACUGUUUAUCCAGCAGCAUUAGCUACCAUAUAGCUCUACAGAGUUGGCGUGCAUUUCUUGAGAAAAGCUGACUUAAAGAUUUAUGAAACCAAACCUAAAUUUAAGGCCUUGGCUAUUUGACAGGCUCUUUUUGAGCAGAAAUUUCAUUGUUACAGGCUACGUAAUGAUCUAAACUAGCAUCAGCACAGUCUAAAUUAGCAUUAGUAGAACUUUAAGAUUAAAGAACAAGCAGAUGAAAUAUAAGAAAUGUGGCUGGUUCUAAGCAGUUUGCCAUCCUCCAUCUACAAACUGACUACCAGAUUUUGAGGGUCUAGGCAACUUACAUUGUCAGAAAAGUUGAAUAUGGAAAAUAGCCUCUUGAUGGUUUUUUUUUUUUGUAAGAAUUUUAUAGCUAUUCCAUUUUUGCCUUCAUGUUACGUUUUAUGUCUCCUUUUCAUUACAUUUGAUAUCUUCUCCCUCCCUUUUUUCCUCCCUUCCUUCUGUUGUCUAGAUUUUGUGAAAAAUUGUACUGUGGAUAGUUGUAGAAUUGUGGUGGCAAUCUUUUGUAUAAAAUAUUUUAUUGUUCUUGGAAUCAUAAUAUUUUUGUGCUUCCAUGAAUACACAUUUUGUUUUUAUUAUUAAUUUGCAUAGUAAUUACAUUUUUUAGCAUUUCGUGGGGGAAAUUAAACUAAUGAGUUUUAAUUUUCUUGGUUUAGGAUCCACUUUAGUAAUUUAGAAGGCCUGUAAGGUUAAAGAUCACACACUUGUGUGUUGGAAUUGUGGAAAUAUUCUUGCUGGUGUGUAUUUGGGUCUAAGAUGUAUUACUGUGAAAGGCUUCUAGGAGGAUUUAAGUGACAGUUAAAAGUUACAGGACAGGUGACACUCGCUUGAGUAGCUCAGACAGUAAUAACAAUCAGGUAAUGAUUUACGCUCACUGAUGUUAAGUCAUACUCUGCUGAAAUGGAUUGACAGUUGGCAGUGCAGUUAGUUGUUGGUAGCUCUUGACCUCCUUGCAAAAGUACAUCUGGCAACUUGACUCCUCCAUUCUCCUUUCUUUAUGAUCCUGCUCAUGGCAUCUGAACUCCCCUCCUUCAGAAAGAAGUGAAAUAAUGACUCUUUUCUUUGAACAUAGCUAAGUGAUGAGCCAGAAAGAUUUCUCUAUUUUGAAGUAAUUUGGCCUUUUUCUCCCCCUGAUGGCUGUUUUUCCCAUAGUCUUAAUUUGAAGAGCAUCUAAAUGAGUGCUUGUUAGCAAAUCUGGGAAAUGGAGAGUGUAAGAAGUGUGUUUAAGUUACAGAGAACUGACACUUACUGGUUUGGAAAUUGGAGAGCAGAAAGGAUAAAGCUGUUUGUUUAUGAAUGGGGGUGUGAGAGAUACAGAAGAGAAUGAUGGGAAGUAACGUAAGAGGAAUUUUUUAUUGGCCACAGAAAAAAGUACUAAGAUGAACUCUGAAUGGGAAGUGUUGACUAAGAACAGUGAGGUUGAGCUUCACUAAGGAAGUGUGAGUGGGCCCCUUGUUGGCUAAGAGAAAACUGAUUGUAGCUAUUUAUGGUGAUGAUGAUGGAUGAUACAAAUCAGUUUUGGUGUGUGUGUAUGGUGGUUUGAAGGUUUAUGGUAUGUCUGCUCUGAGCAAAUUUAAGUAGCACAGUUAUGAAAUGGCAGCUCUUCUGGUCAAGACAGAUUGGUGUUGGAAACGUACUAUUUUGGGAGAAAAAGAUAACAAUUCACCCUUUUUCAUUUACUAUUUUUUUAAAUUAUCAGUGAAAUUUGUCAUCUACUAUUUUAGGACUCUUGUCACAAUGUAGCAUAUGUUUUCAUUUUAAAAUGAUCCUUAUAAUCCACAAAAAUCCACACCCAAAGAUCCUUUCUUUAUAGACACUUUAGCUUUUGGUCAAUAUGCACUUUUUAGAAAACAGUAAACCAGAUACGGUCACUAAAUUGCUAUUUUAAAGUAUCUUUUCUACUUCCUUUACAUUUGUAGUCCUAGCAGCCGUCUAACAUUGUGGACCUUAAGAAACCCUCAAUAAUAAAUUUACAGAAUUAGACAACAUAUCCCCUGAACUCAUAUUUCUAUUUGUUUUCCUACUUUAACAUUGUAGAAUUCCCUGUAGUUGAUGUAGACAGAUGUUAAUUAUAAUUUAAUCUAUCUCCCAGGUUCUUGUGUUCUUUGUAAGGUGAACUGACAGUGAUUAGUUAUCUGCUCUAUAAUCCCAGCAGUGUUUUAAAUUAUUUAAGGUAAAUAUUUGUUUUAAAAGUUGUAUAAUUUGAGUUCAGGUUGACUGUAAAUUUGCUAUACGUUUAUUCUUAGAAAUUUUGACACAUUACUUUCAAGUUUCAUUUUAAUCAGAUACCUAUACAUUCCUGUUAAGAAUUUGUUUUAAAAUAGCCAAAAAGGAAGUCUUGAUCUGUCCUUGGAAGGUGUUUAUUCUUUUCUCAAGUGUCAAGUUCAUUAACAAUAGUGGAGUAAUUUUCUACAUAACUUAUUUUGCAGAGCUGGCACUUAGUAUAAUUUUCUCAUUUUAUUGUGUGUCAGAUUUUAAAUUAUAGGUAACAUACUCUAGUUUAAGUCUGUGCAGAGCCUUCUUAAGUAGCUCCUCCCUUAGGAAUUGUUUAAAAGAAGUGAAGAACCAGUGCUUUAAAUGACUGAGUAUGAAAGGUUUCUUUGCGUCUAGGCAAUGGAGAUAAACGAUAGCCCAUUUCUAUGCUGCAUACAGUUGUUAGGGUUUGAUAAUAAUGUAGGAAAGUGCAAAAGCAGAAAAGACUGUGUAAAAGUGGCCUAUAAAAUUAUAAUUUUCAUUGUUGCACUAUUUAUCUUUGCACUUAAGUUUUUGGAUAUUAAAGACUAGUCACUUUCACUUUUGUUUCUAUUCUCUUCUAAUUUUUUGCAAAAUUGCUUUCAAUAUCCCACCCAAAGUUAAACUCAUAUGCAAUUACAUACGCUUUAUAAGGCCAGGAAAAUAUUUAAUAAUGUUAGCUAUGAAACAGUAAAAUUUGUUUUGAUAAUUUUUUCUUUAUUUGCCCAUAAAAUUAUUCAUAACUGUGAGUUUUAUUAAACGGUUUAAAUAAAGUAAAAGCUUAGGAUAGGAACUAUGUCAAUGGAUAUGAAAUUGUGUCUUUGAGAUCCAACUUCCAGCCUGGUAUGGCCUGACUUUGGAGUGUUGAUAUAUUUUCAUAGUCAAUGAUAUCCGAGUCUUACUUGGGGCACAUGCUUAAGAAACUGAAAGUACAGUAGGUGGCAGUUCCCUCUUUUAUGUAGCUUUCCAUAAAGUUCAUAUAGUUUCUUUAUGGUUUAUGUCACAUAACUGGUAUUACAUGAAAUGACUGUUCCUUUUGAGAAUUUAAGAUUGACAUCUUUUUGAGGAAUGGUGACAGCAAAGGAUACAGGACUUUCAUUUAACCAGAGUCAGUCUUAUAGCUUCCUUGAUGUGUUCUACACAGAGAACAGAGAACAAAGAAUGUACCUCUGAAUGUGUGAUGCUGUAUUCAGUAAAAAGAAAAGGAAAACGAGUUUUCUCAAUGGAACAGAGAGAUGUAUUUUUGGCUGGAAUUGUUUUUAUAAGUUACUUAAUAAUCUCAUUUUUUAUUCCUUCCCUGUAGCUUUUUACACAUUUCAUACUUAAAACCAGCAAGUAAGAGGCCUCUUUUCAGAUCUGGUUAUUUUGGAAGGUCUGGAUGUUUUCUGGAUGGGGGUGUUGAUCUUGACAUGUUCUGCUGGUCAUUGUGGCUCAUAAUGUUUGCGAAUUCUGUUGAAAAUUCAGUGAUAUAUAUGAAAUGAGAAUGUCUUCUACAACAUGGUGUGGAUGUUUGUGGCUAGAUUCCAUGAUGAGGCAUGGUUGUGGAGCCUGUAGCCAUGUUUUUAAUUUCAGUGGAAAGUUUAACCAUUCUCCAGAUCUUAGGUUUAUGUACAGGAAUUGUGCCAGGUAGUUGUCUAAGUGUGGACCAAUUUUGGAAAUGAAAAUUGACAAAUGUGGAUUUGACUCUAGAUAAUUCUGUACUCAAAACUACAAACUACAAGUGAAAGGCUCACAUCAUUAGAGUUACCUACAUUUGAUGGCCUUAGCUCUUUAAAUGUGGAUGACAUUCAGCAUUAUAUCUGUGAAUUUCUUAGGAAAAGAAAAAAUUCAGUCUUUAUACCUUUUUUUGGAGGCUAAAUUUACCAUAUAUGGAAGUGAGAAAAUUGUAGCAAGUGGCUUUAUUUUUUUAAUGGCGUUUAACUAGCCUAAUUAAUUCAUUUUCCUACUUUUGAGUCACUUAUUUCCCAAAUAUAAAUAAAGGGAAAGAUCAGCAACACCCGCCCAAGGCAAUUUUUGUUGUGUGCCUCCACUUCCCAGUCCUAUUGUACAGUGAAUUACGGGUAUCCCUCCUUUGUCCCUGUAGUGCUUUUUUUUUGGGGGGGGGUGUCACAAAUACCUUUGAAUAUCUGAUUAAAGUGAUGGACCCUCUCCUUGGGGAAAAAUGCACAUAGUACAGAUAAUUUUGCUACAACCUCAGGGUCAUCACUUACCUUUUGAAACCCAAGUUAGAAAAUUUUGCUCUGAGCAAACUGUAUAGAAAAUUAUUAUACAAAUAACUGAUAAAAUUAGGAGCUAUUGGCUUAAAACAUUUCAGAUUGGAAUUAUUAUCAUCACAUGGUGGCCCCUACUAGUGAAAUGUGACAUUGCAAUUAGCUUUGUUAGACUUUAUAACAUCCAGAUAGAAGGGAAAGAGAAGUAAAGUUCUGCGAGCUAUUUAUAAGGAGUCAGGUCAUCUCCAGAUAUGGGAGCCAUUCCUGGUUCAAGGUAGGGGGCAAGGUGCCUGACAAGUUUAGCAGGGUAGAGUUUGAUAAACCACAAUGCUCAGGAUGCCAAGGGGUUAGCCAUUAUCUUAACCCCUUCCUCACCAAAAGAUUUUAGUUUUGUCUGUUGGGGGAAAAAAAGAUGGCACUAGGGAAAAAUAAGUUGCCUUACAACUUUGCUGGAACACAUCAGUUUGGUGAAGUAUGGGACACUAGUAUUAUUUUUGAGAAGGUGCAUAAAACCAAAGUAAAUUAUUCUCUAUGUAGAACAUUAUUUACUAGUAACAUUUGUUUGGGUGUAUUAGCUUUGACAAUUUUUACCAGUAAAUAACUGCUUUUAUUUAAAACUGGGAGUCCAGUUUACAUAUAGGAUAGUUGAUAUAUCCAUCUCUCCCACAUGUAAAGACUAGUCUAAAAGAUUUAUGCAUACUUUUUACUUUUUUCUCUUGGUACCAUGGGGUGGGGGUGGGGAGGACUUUGACACAACAACUGACAGAUGUCUUCAAAUUUAGAAAUCAAGAAGCAGCACUUUAAGUCUAAUUCCACACCAUUUUAGUGCAUGUAUUAGUUUAAUAAUGAUUUUUGGUGCAUGCCUUUGGGCUUAUUCAAAAGUGUACAAUAGAAAAAGUGUAUUUCCUUUCUUAGAAAGGAGAUGUUUUUCUACUUUGCAACAUGUGAUUACAAAAAUCUUCCUCUGUGGGAAGAUUAACCAUGUAUUGAACUACUGAAAAGUAUAUAUUUUUAGAUAUACAGAAGGAAUCUACACGGGGCAGCAUUCAGACCUAUAUAGAAGUCAUAGCAUUCUGUAUAGGACCAAAAGGAAGAAACAUUACACACUUAAACAGACUUUGUUGGGUAGAAAUACCUUUCGAUCUUGCAUUGACUUCCAAAAAGAAAAUGCCGCAGAAGUUUGCUGAAACUUUUGUUUGAAUUUUCUCUGUCAGUGUAUUUAGCCCAAAUGCAACAGCUUUGGGUUAGCACAAUGUAAGAAUCAAAACACAAAACUAAAUAGUUCAGUCUGGUUUGCCAAUCCAGCUUGACUGAAUAAGUAACCAAUCACUUGCAAACUGAAAAACCGUCCAACUCCUCUAAGGUUUUGACAAAAUAACCUUGGCUGAUGUGGGAACACUCCCACUUUGGUUUCUGACCUGACAGCAAAGAUUCAUGCUUGACAUGAUUUCAGACCUGACAGUGUCUGUUUAAGGAGCCAUGGUACAGUUUGCUAAUUCAAUCCCAGAUACCUGUUGAUUACCUGUAAGAUCUAGAGUCAAAAGCAGCCAGCAGCCGUAUCCCUGAGUGCUCUGUGCCCAUCAGAUAACGUGAAGUAAGCAGAGUUGGGACAGGUCACAGCUCUGAGGAUUGACCUCAGAUCAGAGCCCCAGAUUCAAGAAUUGUAUCUGCUUUCUCGGGAGUCAUUGAACUAAUGUCCCACACUGCGUUACUUACAGUAGAUGCUCUCCAAGAGGAGGCCCAGAGCACACAUCCUAAUUGUUCGUGGUACUCAGAGAGGGGGUGCUAACUCUGAUGCCCUGGCCAAAUUCCAGUUUAGGGAUGUGGGUCUUCUUGUCAUUCUAAUUGGAAAUGUGCAUCACGUCCCAUUUUUCCUAUUGCUCUCAGUGCAAACUACACGAGUCUGUUCUUUUGUCCCAGUCCCAAGUCUCCAAGAUACUGGUAUUAAAUGGGCCAGGUUCAUGCCUUAUCUUAAUACACAAGAGUUGAAGAAUGACGGAGCUUGGUAUCAGGAUGCCCUGUACUUGGAGGGUGGACUCUUGUGAUGCUUGGGCAUGAAACCUCCCCUCUUUUGGCAUAUGUUAGGGAAUGUGCACUGGUUGGAAGCCUCCAACCAUAAAGUUAUGAGCUGAAACUAAUUCCCCCUCUUUUCUUAUAGCAUGAUGAGAAAGUCUGUUGGGUUUUCAGCAGUUGGGGAAGGCCGGAGUUCUGCAGCUUUAAUCUGGGUAACUAAGGCUGGGUUGAGCAGGUCUUUGGUAAAUUAACUGGGUUCUCAGAUGCCUCAGACUCCGUGAGAAGUCAUCAUUAUUUUCAAUGGCCAUGAUAGAGUCCCCCUGUAGCCAUUACUUUAAGAUUACAUUCAGAGUUGCUUUAUUUUGAGCUUUUGUGUACACACAAUCCCAAACUGGAAAAACUUAAAAAGGAAUCCUGCUGUGAAAGGUAUAUAUUACUCUAGAUUUUUCUUACUGUAAAUAUUGUAAGAUUGUAAUACUGUCGAUAUUUUAUUAACCAACAAAUGUUAAUCUAUGUGAAAUCAGACUUAUUUUAAAUGUGCUUCUUAUUUACUGUGUGUGGUCCCUGUUGCUGACAGUAUUAAGUUAUAUUCUGAUGUAAGAUUAACUUUAUUAAAGAAUGUAAACAUUAAUGUUUCCUUAUGGGAAAACAAAUAAAGUAUAAAGAAGACAAUUCUUUUCAUUGAAAUAUACUGUGUAUUUACACUUGCUAGACCCAGCACCACUUAUAAACUUAGUACACUGUCCAGUUUCAGUUAACACAGCUGACACGGUCGUGCUCUGCUUGAAAGUCUAAGCCUUGGUGUUGUUGGAAUAUAAACAGUUUGUUUUUGUCUGCUGUGAAUCACCUUGAAAUUUCUAAUCAAGUUUGUAAAAUUUUUAUAGUAAAACAUUUUAAUGACAAUUUAAAUUAUCUUCUCUAAAGAAUGGUCAAAACAAUAUCCUUUCAGAAAUAGAGUUGCUCUUUACUAUCUUUCCAAAAUGACUUUGGUUAAAUGGACCAGGUGUAUAUUAGUUAAAAUCUAGGGCUAAGUUCUUGAUAUUCUUUUGAGUUUACAAGUUAAUCCUUAUUGGAGUUGUGCCAAUAUACAAUAGAAUAUCAUUAAUUUGCACUGUUUGGGGACCCCAUUUAAGAAUGCUGAAUUUUGCCAACUAAAAAGUAAGCAAAUGCAAUUUAAAACGUAAAUUUGAGCAUUCUGUGUUAAAUAUGUGCAGUUAUCAUAUGAAGAAGCGCAGUGUGUUGGGCUGUAAUAUAACCAUAUUUGCUGUCAUGUUCUCCCAUCUCAGUGCUGGGAACUCACCAUGUGGAAACCAAGCAACCGUGUUGUGCAUCAGCCGGCUUGAGUUUGUUCAAUAUCAAAGCUGAAGCUAGCGAGGUCUGCUGUACUGCUUAUUGAAGUAUUGUGAUUCUUUUAGGCAUUGAUUCUUACAAAAUAUAUACUGUAACAGUAUACUUUGUACAGAUUUAAAUUUUAUUUGAAAAAAAUGAAAUAAAGUAGGCAAAAAAUAAAGAUGUUUAUUUUUCAUGUGACUACAUAAAC